CAUCUAUGCUGCACAUGUCCGGCGACAUCGUAGAUAAGGAAAUAAUAUCUAGGUGUCUCCAAGCUCUCCAAUCUACUAGUCCUAGUUACCUGCUUUUGGCUUCUCUAGAUGCUGCUAGAGCUCAACUUAAUGAAAGCCCUGAUGUUAUAUUCAACCAAGCCAUUGAAUUAGCAAAUAAAGCAAAGAGCUUGCUAAAACAAAUCCCUGGCAUCUCAGUGCUUGAGCAUUCACACUUUCCAAAUUUUCCUGCUAAGGAUCCAUUGCGGCUUACCGUAGGUUUUUGGAAUCUUGGUUUAUCGGGUUACAAAGCAGAUAAAAUCUUAUUAAGGGAUUUUGGAAUCGUCCGUGAACUUGUUGGGAAUAAAUCUGUCACUUAUGUACUAAAUCAUGGAACUUGUAGGGAGCAUGUUCAAAGGCUUAUAUUAGGAAUAAAGCAUCUAGCUGCAACAUGUUAUUCCAUUCAAAAAACUAACGAAACCGAUCAUGCACCCUUGGAUGAUAUAAUCAUGAAACUGAUCCCUAGAGAUGCAUUUUUUGCAAGUAAAAGAAAAGUAACAAUCAAGGAAAGCAUUGGUAAGAUUUGUGGAGAGCUUAUAUGUCCAUACCCUCCAGGGAUACCAGUACUGAUCCCUGGCGAGGUUAUCAGCUCGAGUGCUGUCAAUUAUCUUCUCCAUGUAAGAAGUAAAGGUGCUGAUAUUUUAGGAGCCUCUGAUCCCCUACUUUCUUCUAUAGUUGUCUGCAAUGGUGAGAACUAUUAG